AAUAUUAUUAUGCUUGAUCAACGAUCACUGCCAUUUCAUUCUCUAAUCUUCAUCACACAGCGAAGUAUUUUAGGGUUUCAACGUUCAAAUUUCAUAGCUUCAGGGCUUGCAUCCAAUGUCUGACAUCGAAAAUCAUGCUUCCCUUCGUGGCCGUUCAUCGCCCGAUAAGCGAAUUUCUCGUGGAUCUGCUUAUGAAAGUUCACGGAUGACAAGGCAAGAUGAUGAAAGGAAAACCUUUCAUGACCGCCAUCGCAGAGACCACAAGGUUGGAAGGUUUAUGGGGAGGGGUAAAUAUGACAGUUAUAAUGGGCACAAGAAAAGUGAUUAUGAUAGGCAUAAUGACCGUGUUUGCGAUGGAGAAACAAAGCACAAAUAUGGAGCGCAUUCAAAGAGAUCGAGGAGGAAAUCAAGAUCAAGAUCACGGUCCAGAUCCCCAUCUCGGUCUGAAUGCAAAAGGACCUCUGGUUUUGACAUGGCACCACCUACUGCAGACGUAACACCUGCUGUCUCAGGGCAAAUACUGGGUACUGCUCAUACGAUUCAAGGAACUUCACAAAAUUUGUCACCAUUUGGAAUAUCACAGAUGGGAACACUUUCUGUAAUGCACAUUCAACCUAUGACACAGCAGGCUACAAGGCAUGCCCGGCGAGUUUAUGUAGGUGGGAUUCCUCCGUUGACUAAUGAACAGACAAUUGCAGCAUUCUUCAGCCAAGUCAUGAUUACCAUUGGGGGCAAUUCUGCUGGAGCAGGCGAUUCUGUUGUCAAUGUCUACAUCAAUCAUGAGAAGAAAUUCGCAUUUGUGGAGAUGAGAACUGUUGAGGAGGCUAGCAAUGCAAUGGCGUUAGAUGGAAUAAUAUUUCAGGGUGUUGCUGUAAGGGUCCGUAGGCCAACAGAUUAUAAUCCUUCAUUAGCUGCUGCUCUAGGUCCUAGCCAGCCAAGUCCACACCUCAACUUAUCUGCCGUUGGACUUGCUAUUGGUGCUGUUGGUGGAACUGAGGGACUUGACCGCAUUUUUGUGGGUGGGCUUUCAUAUUGCUUCACUGAAGAACAAAUAAGACAAAUACUAGAAUCUUUUGGUACUCUCCAUGCUUUUGAUUUAGUUAGGGAUAAAGACACUGGACAUUCUAAAGGAUAUGGUUUCUGUACUUAUGAGAAUCCAGCGGUAACAGACAUUGCUUGUGCCUCUCUCAAUGGCCUUAAAUUGGGUGAUAAAACAUUGACUGUAAGGCGAGCUACUGUCAGUGGCCAUUCUAAAACAGAGCAGGAACACAUCUUUGCAAGGGCACAACAGCAUAUAGCUAUGCAG